CACAAACCUAAAUAUUCCUCAACAAUGGUGGAGACGUCGGAGCAAGUUCGCCCACUCGCCCCCGCCUACGACCGCCACACCAGCAGCGACGACGAAUCCGCGACCGUCACCGGAAUCCGCCGCAGGCGGUGCCUGAAAUGCUGCGGCUGCGCCGCCGCGGUCAUCCUCAUCCAAGCCGUAGUCGUCGUCAUCCUAAUCUUCACAGUGUUCAAAGUCAAAGAGCCAGUCAUCCGCAUGAACAAGGUCACCGUACUCAACCUCGACUUGGUCAACGGCACCACGACAACACCACGGCCAGGGUCAAACAUGACCCUAAACGCCGACGUUUCGGUGAAGAACCCGAACCACGCGUCGUUCAGGUACAUGAACACCACGACCACGCUGUACUACCGCGGGGCAGUGAUUGGCGAGGCGCGUGGGCCGCCGGGGAGCGCGAGGGCGCGUCGGACGAUGAGGAUGAACGUGACUGUGGAAGUGAUAACGGAUCGGGUUCUGUCGAACCCGGAUUUGGGUACGGAUAUAAAUACGGGUCUGCUGACGAUGAGUACUUAUACGGUGGUCGGUGGGAGGGUUAAGAUGCUGAUGAUCAAAAAACAUCUGACGGUCAGGAUGAAUUGUAGCAUGACGAUUAAUAUUACCAGCCAGGCGAUUCAGGAACAGAAGUGUAAGCGAAAGGUCAAGCUUUAAUAUAAUUUUGAAUUUUUUUAAUAUAGAAUAUUAGAAAAUAAUUAAUUUAUGUAAUUUUUGGUGUAUACAUAUUAUUUAUAUUCGGCUUGUUGUGUUUUGGAUUUUUAAUUUGUUUUUUUUUUGGUUUGCGUGGUUGUGAUUACUGAUU